CUUUGUUUACAAUACGCGGUAGCGCGAGUCACUUGUGCGUACGUGGUACGUGUGUAUUCAGUCGUUUAGACGACGUGAAAUAUUACAUAUCGAAUACAGUGAAAAUAAGACAAACAGAAAGUUUUAAAGAGCGAGAUUCGUGUUGAUCGUGUCGGGCUAACCUCCGCGAGUGUGUUCCACUGUUGUGUUUCUAACCUCAAACAUGGCCGACUCCGAAGACCCGGGUGACCGACUUGAUGGCGAUAACCAGAAGAACGAUAAAAUGUUCACCCUGAAAAAGUGGAACGCCGUGGCUAUGUGGAGCUGGGACGUGGAGUGCGACACCUGUGCCAUUUGCAGAGUCCAGGUUAUGGACGCCUGUCUGCGAUGCCAGGCGGAGAGCAAGAAGGAGGUUUACGGCCGACAGGACUGCGUGGUCGUCUGGGGCGAGUGCAACCACUCGUUUCACUACUGCUGCAUGUCGCUCUGGGUCAAACAGAACAAUCGUUGCCCGCUGUGCCAGCAGGAGUGGUCUAUCCAACGAAUGGGGAAGUAAUCCUCACGGCGGGAUCUCGCGUUCACGAUUAUCCUACUGUCAUCGGUUGUCGUCGUCAUCGAGAAACUGCACAUUCUGUAUCGGUCUUGGAUUCGUUUCGAUACUUCAAAAGCCUUCGAAGGGACUUUGGUAACGAUAUAUAGACGAUAUAUGAGAGACUUCAGUCGAUGUCAUAUUUUAUACAGACAGGGAUAUUAUUUUAUGGUAAUACACAUACAUAAAAGAAUGAUUAAUAAUUUGUGUGAAAAAUACGUAAUUGUUUUUGAAAACUUGUAAAUUAUAUAUGAAAAAACUGUAUAUUAUAAAAAGGGCACUGUUUUCUUUAUCGUUAUCUAAUUUAUGCAAUUAGCUAUGACAAAUAAUUAUCAAAUAAUAGUUACCAAAUAAUAAUAAUUAACUAUAAAAUUUAUUACGCUUAUGUAUUAACGAAUAGACUUUUGGAAAAGUCUUAUUCAAUUCUUUCUGGAUAAUAAAAUAUAAAACUGUGCAUUUUUGGAAAUCAUUUAAUAUAGCUUUAAAUUCUGAAAAUUUAAAAAAUAUUCAAAUUAAUAAAAGUGAUACAAAGUAUUCUUACGUUUCGUUCAGAUUUUAGUAUUGCUGAGAGAAAUAAAUAAAUCGUACAUAAUUAAUGAUAACUAAAAUAACAGAAUAAUUAAUUAAUAGACCUUGUUCUAUUUUAAUAUAUAUAAAUUCAUAUAUAAUCUAGUUUUGAAAAUUUUAUAGCUUACAAAUUGUAUAAAAGCGGUUUUCAUUUAGUGCAGAAUUGUCUGGAAGACAGAGAUAUGAUACUUAUCGAUCGCGAAAUAUUCGGAAGUAUUACAAAUAUUUGAAGAUUGUAUGACGUGAUGGAUCAAAGAUUAUCUCCGGUGUCGAAGUACAAAGUACGCGAUUUCAAUAUUAAAGAUCAACGUAAUUAUCUCGAGAUUACUUUUAUCAAACAUUACGUGUCUAAGAUAUUUGUAUCUUGUAGGCGUAAUGAAAAAGGCGAAUGUAUUAUUAUCGAGACGGAUGCUAAUAUCGAUUCAUUCUAAACACGCAAUUAGAUUUAAGUUUCCACGAGAAUCAAGAUUUCAUCAAAGCGCUUAUCGAUAUUGAUGAAUUUAUAAUAUUAGUUUUUCGAACUAACUCCUUGUCCCAUUCUUCCCCUCCUCCUCACAACAAGAAUUAAAAAGGAUAAAAGAACAAGAAUUAACAUGGAGGAAACAUUAAUUAAAAUAUGUAAGAGAUACCACAAGUCUUGAUAAGUAAUUUGUUAAUUGAUAAUUAAUGACAUCUCUUUGCAAACGUUUGAAAAAUACACUAAUGGCAUUCGUGUGUUGUCUUUACUAGCUUCAAGGUAUAUAUCUAAUUUACUUUUUCAAGAUAUAUAUUCUUUGUUAUUAGAUUCAGAUAGUUGAAAGUUCAAAAUGAAAAUUUAUUAGAGAUUUUCCAUAUUAUUCUACGUUUUGUCUUAUCGCAUUCGUAAACAUUCCUACAAGAAGUAGAAGGAAAAUAUUUAUAAAGCAUAAAAAAGCUUUAAAAGCUAUAUCUUGUAAACAUGUACAUUAUUAUUGAUUUUUCGGUGAAAUCUUAUUGCCAUCAUCAGUGAGACAUAAGACGGAGGAACAAAGUGUAAGUGUUUUCACUGAAGAUCAAUAAAAUACUCACUUCGGUGAAAUCUUAUGAUGCUACUUUAAAUCAGUGACAUUUUCAUUGAUUCAGUUUAAGACAGUGUAGUACUAAUUGAAUUAACGAUAGCGAAGGCUUGCUAAGUGCGCGGCUUUUCAAUUUAUGGGAUCAACCACAGAAGAGAACAGUGAUGGUUUAUAUUAACCAGCAUAUUGUACUAACUAGACAUCCUUGACGACGCAAUUUAUCGUUGAUUUUAUCUGAUAAUAAAAAUUUAUGGUUCCGGCGUCGAAGCGCUGACGUCUCUUGAUAGAAAGCAACGGGGGUCAACAAGCUAGAAGCACCAUUACGACCUCCCUUUUCAUUUCAAUUCCGAAUGUAGAAUCGAUUCUUGCGCAUCUCACAAUUGCCUGGGUAGAGAUUCUUUAGACCGUAGAUUUAUGUUGACUGUGUGAAUUACUUCACCAUCAAAAUAGUCAUAAAAGAUAUUUUAUUGCUUUGAAUAAUGCUUGAAAAGAUGUGAUUGUCAUAUUACAAUACAUCUUACUUGUUUCGAAAUCUCUAUAUUUACACAUGCAAAUUGAGAUUAUAUAUUUUAAAAAGAAAAAAAUAAUACUUCCGCAUAAGAGCAGCUAAUACAUAGUUUAAAUGAUAAUAAGCUGUAGAUAAUAAAAUUAUUUCGAUUUUUUCUUUGAUUACAAUGUAAAGAAUUUAAAAUCGGAUUGAUUUUCGAAGGCGUAUUCUCCUUUUUUAAAUAUCCUUUUCAAAUGUUGUUUUUGUGGACCGUAACUAAAAGUUCAGGGUCACUAUUUAUCUCAAUAUUUACCUCUAUUCCAUAUCCUAAUUUUUUAUUCUUUUUUAAAAACUUUGUUGUAAUUUCUUUCACUUGAUACAUAGAAGGAUAUGAUCAUCUUACGCUGCUCCGCGUGAAAUAAAUUUCGCUUAAUCUUGAAAUCGAAUACAAUAAUAUCUUAAGAUCUUUGCUAUCGCCUGAUACUUUUGUUUUUAUUCUGUGAAAGCUGAGACAUCGCACGAAGAAGUCCGCGUGCGAGAUGACAUGUCAUCCGCUCAUUUUUUUUUU